UGUGGCAUUAUUGCAUUAUCGUGCGGCUUGCGUAAAAAAGUGUGAGACGUGUUCAAGCCGUCAUACAAAUACACACAUACACAUAUAUACUGUCGCUCCAUUACCCUGUAUUUGUGUGGGUGAGUGUGUAUUGGUGUUGGGAGCCAGGCUGUGCUACGCCCCUUGGCAGGGAAGAAGAGGAACGAAAUCAAUAGAGCUCCGCGAUAGACAACAAAAUUAACAUAAUUGGAACAACACUGAAAUUUAUCUGCUAAGCGGCUGAGUCAUUUUUCCAAAAACAAGUUCAAAGCGAAGCCUCUGCCACGAUGACCGAUUCCAAGUACUUCACGACCACUAAAAAGGGCGAAAUCUUCGAGCUCAAAUCGGAGCUGAACAAUGACAAGAAGGAGAAGAAGAAGGAGGCGGUGAAGAAGGUGAUUGCAAGCAUGACAGUGGGCAAGGAUGUUUCUGCACUCUUUCCGGAUGUGGUCAACUGUAUGCAAACCGAUAAUUUGGAGCUGAAGAAACUUGUGUAUUUGUAUCUGAUGAACUAUGCCAAAUCCCAACCGGAUAUGGCCAUAAUGGCAGUGAAUACGUUCGUCAAGGAUUGCGAGGACUCGAAUCCAUUGAUUCGUGCACUCGCCGUGCGCACCAUGGGCUGCAUUCGUGUGGACAAGAUUACCGAAUAUCUGUGCGAACCGUUGCGCAAAUGCUUGAAGGAUGAGGAUCCGUAUGUGCGCAAAACCGCUGCCGUUUGUGUGGCCAAGUUGUACGACAUUUCGGCUACCAUGGUCGAGGAUCAAGGUUUCCUUGAUCAGUUGAAGGAUUUGUUGUCGGACUCCAAUCCCAUGGUGGUGGCCAAUGCGGUGGCAGCGCUCAGCGAGAUCAACGAAGCGAGUCAAUCCGGUCAGCCCUUGGUGGAGAUGAAUUCGGUGACGAUUAACAAACUGCUGACGGCUCUCAAUGAAUGCACUGAAUGGGGACAGGUUUUCAUACUCGAUUCACUGGCCAACUACAGUCCCAAGGAUGAACGUGAGGCGCAAUCGAUAUGCGAACGCAUCACACCACGUUUGGCACACGCCAACGCCGCCGUUGUGCUCAGCGCUGUGAAGGUGCUGAUGAAACUUCUGGAGAUGCUGUCGAGCGAUAGCGAUUUCUGUGCCACGCUCACCAAGAAACUGGCACCGCCACUUGUCACUUUGCUCUCGUCGGAGCCGGAGGUGCAAUAUGUCGCCUUGCGCAACAUCAAUUUGAUUGUGCAGAAACGUCCGGAUAUCCUGAAACAUGAGAUGAAAGUAUUCUUUGUCAAAUACAAUGAUCCAAUCUAUGUGAAGCUGGAGAAGUUGGACAUUAUGAUCCGUCUGGCGAAUCAGAGCAACAUCGCUCAGGUGCUCAGCGAACUGAAGGAAUAUGCCACCGAGGUGGAUGUGGAUUUUGUGCGCAAAGCGGUGCGCGCCAUCGGACGUUGUGCCAUCAAAGUGGAGCCAUCGGCGGAGCGUUGUGUGUCCACGCUGCUUGAUUUGAUCCAGACUAAGGUCAACUAUGUGGUGCAGGAGGCCAUUGUGGUGAUCAAGGACAUCUUCCGCAAAUAUCCCAACAAAUAUGAGAGCAUCAUUAGCACUUUGUGCGAGAAUUUGGAUACACUCGAUGAGCCCGAGGCACGCGCUUCGAUGGUCUGGAUCAUUGGCGAGUAUGCCGAGCGCAUUGACAACGCCGACGAGUUGCUCGACAGUUUCCUCGAGGGUUUCCAGGAUGAGAACGCUCAGGUACAGCUGCAGCUGUUGACGGCUGUUGUGAAGCUCUUCCUCAAGCGUCCAUCGGACACCCAGGAGUUGGUGCAGCAUGUGCUGUCAUUGGCCACACAGGAUUCCGAUAAUCCCGAUUUGCGUGAUCGCGGUUUCAUCUAUUGGCGUCUGCUCUCCACGGAUCCCGCAGCCGCCAAGGAAGUUGUGCUUGCAGACAAGCCGCUGAUAUCGGAGGAAACCGAUCUGUUGGAGCCAACACUGCUCGAUGAGCUCAUCUGUCACAUUAGCUCGCUGGCCAGCGUCUAUCACAAGCCGCCCACAGCUUUCGUCGAGGGACGCGGCGCCGGUGUACGUAAAUCGCUGCCGAAUCGUGCCGCUGGCGCUGGCAAUGCUGCUGGUGGCGAGUCGUCGGAGACCGGCGGCGGUUCCGAGGCCAUGGUUAUACCCAAUCAGGAUUCGCUAAUCGGUGAUCUGCUGUCCAUGGAUAUUAAUGCUCCCGCUAUGCCCGCUGCCCCGGCCACAACCACCAGCAAUGUGGAUUUGCUGGGCGGUGGACUGGACAUUUUGUUAGGCGGACCACCGGCGUCUAGUCAGGAGACUGGCGUUGGUUCUGGCGGCGGCGGUGCGAGCAGUUUGCUGGGUGACAUCUUUGGACUGGCGGGCGCUUCGUUGUCGGUGGGCGUACAAAUCCCCAAGGUCACCUGGUUGCCAGCCGAAAAGGGCAAGGGACUGGAAAUACAAGGCACAUUCUCGCGUCGCAAUGGCGAAAUCUUUAUGGACAUGACGCUCACCAACAAGGCCAUGCAACCCAUGACAAAUUUCGCCAUUCAGCUGAACAAAAACAGCUUCGGUUUGGUCCCCGCUGCUCCGUUGCAGGCACCACCAUUGCCCCCGAAUCAGAGCACCGAGAUGAGCCUGGCGCUGGGCACCAGCGGUCCCAUACAGCGCAUGGAGCCAUUGAACAAUCUGCAGGUGGCCGUUAAGAACAACAUCGAUAUCUUCUAUUUUGCAUGCUUGGUGCAUGGCAAUGUGCUCUUCGCGGAGGAUGGACAGCUGGAUAAGCGUGUGUUCCUCAACACCUGGAAGGAGAUCCCGGCGGCCAAUGAGCUGCAAUACAGUUUGAGUGGCGUCAUUGGCACCACCGAUGGCAUUGCCAGCAAAAUGACCACCAACAACAUUUUCACCAUUGCCAAGCGCAAUGUCGAGGGUCAGGAUAUGUUGUAUCAAUCGUUGAAGUUGACCAACAACAUUUGGGUGCUCCUCGAGUUGAAGCUACAGCCGGGAAAUCCCGACGCAACGCUCAGUCUAAAGUCGCGUUCGGUGGAGGUGGCCAAUAUCAUUUUCGCCGCCUACGAAGCCAUCAUACGUUCCCCUUAAGUUGAUUAAUCGCGAACAACAGCAAACAUCAAGAUGCGGUAAUCGAAAUGAAAUUAUAAAUAUUAUUAAUUGAGUAGUUAUUUGAAUGUGUUACGCGUUGCAAACUUUGUUAAAGAAGAAAAGAAAAGAAUCAAUCCAAAUGACGAUGUGUAUUAUUAUAAAAUACUAUUAUUACAUAUACUAUAUAAAAACUAUGCAUAUACAUAUAUAUAUAUACAUACAUAUUAUAAAA